UCUGCCAUAUAUUAUUUUCAUUUCAAUUCAUGGUAUUUCAUUUUCUAUAAUAAAAAUUGUACAUUUUUGGUAGGUUUUAAAUAUAUUAUCAUUUUAAAUUAUCGUUUUUGUGUGGUGAACAAAAAUCAUGUCUUCUAAUAAUCAAAGUUGGGAAAAAGUCGGGAAAACAAAAACAAGCGCGAAAGGACAGAAAAAGGUUUCGGUGGAUAAAAUGCCAAAAAGUGACGUGGAAGUUGAACCUCUGAAAGUUGCAAAAUCAAUGUUUGAUGCUUUCGCUGAUAAAUCAGGCGGCAGUGGAGGAAACAAAAAACUUCCCUUACAAGAUCGAUCAAAUGCGCAAUCAUCUCCUAAAGGCAAAAAUAAACAGAAAAAGAGCAAAAAACCUUCAUCUACAUCGAGAUUCAAAUAUAACAACUUUGCUGAAGCAAUUCACGAUGUAUCAGUGGUAGCUGUUUACGAGAAAGCAAAUCAGCUAAGGGCACCACAUACUAUUUGGCAAAAAGCUGUUGCUCAUGACAUCAAUGAAACAAUUUCUUGUGCCGAUGAGAGUCCGGCGUUAUUGGAAAAAGAUUUGGAUUAUCCCCUAUCCAAAGUUUCAAAGCCAAUAUACGCCAUGCUUUACAAACUGUUCGUAGAUGAAACUUCUGAUGUUGUUAGACAACUUCUUUUCGAACAUUGUGUUGGUUCUAUGAUUGAUUGCAUGAUUAGAGAUCAGCCAACAUGGGGUUAUCGUCUCUGUAUUCAAGUCUUGGCACACGGAGCACCAAAGGUUUGCAUCCCCCCAAAAUAUCAGAGAGAAGUGGAGAAAAUGACAGCGAUGGUAAAUACUCCAAAAAGGUGUCUUGCUUAUAUGUGGGCUCUAGGACAAGUUGGCACUAAUGAUCCUCAAUGUGGAAUGAAAGUGUGGUUGAACAUGAUGUUGCCAAUGAUUAAAGUAAAGAAUGUUGCUGCAUAUGUUGUACAUUAUCUUGAACAUUUACUCUUCUCUUCUAAAGAUCCAGUGGCUCGUUUGUCUGGUUCAAUAGACGCAGAAAAAUUCAUGGAAAUCAUGAAAUGGACUUUCGAUCCUACGACUGGUCUUGCAUCAAUACAUCGUGAGAGAUUGCAGGAACAACACAGGCCUAUUCGUCUUAUUGCAACUGGAAACGCAAAAACGAAAGUAGCGUUGUUCGAAACUUUCCUGAAAACUCCACCUGAAGAGAUUGCUCAAUUCAGACCCCAACUUUUGGACAUUAUAUUUGAGUGCAUGCAAGGUACCCCAAACUGUUUUAAAAAGUGGAGAGAAUUAUAUCAAACGUCGCUUCCUCAGACAAGGAUGCUGCUGGAAUAUCUGGAAGAAAAUUGGGUUCAAGCUGUUUACAAGUUACCACCAAAACAUUUUAUGGAAACAAUUCGUGCCUUCUGUAUUACUAAUUCUGACGAAGCUGCCAAGUCUUCGCCGAUGACAUCUGUAUCUGAUUUUAAACCUGUGAAUAGGUUAUGCAUGCAUAUGAAUCAAAAACUUGAAAGAAAAUCAAGCCGGACGCUCUCAACCUGCACUCAUAUAGUUCUUCCUAUUUUGAUCGCACUUACUGCUAUCGCAGUUGGCUUUUUCAUGUAUGACGUUCGCACUCAAGGUGGAGUUUAUAAAUCUGUCACCUAUAGGACUUUGGAUGAUACCGGUACAUUGAAAUUCCUCAAUCAAAUUUGGGCGAAAAUUUCAACUGUGUUGCAGCAUGUUACAAAGUGGCUGCAAGAUAAUGUACCGUACUAUUGGAACCGUACUGCUGAUAUACUGGGUCCGUAUUUCUCAUAUAUUGCUGCAUUGCUCAAAAAUUUCAUCACUUGGCUUUUAGAAGUGACUGCACCAUUGAGAACUCUUAUUGGAGAAUAUACGAAAGCAGGCUUGGUUCUGUGUGAAAGUUUUCUACAAAAGUUGACAAUAGCAUUGAACAAGCUAUCAGUAGAAUUGAGGCCAUCACUGCUUGCUUUACAGACUUGGAUUGAUGCAAAAGCUCUUGCAAUUUACUCUUUUAUAAGAGGUGAAAUGGGUUGGUGUUGCGUGAGGGACGCUGUAGUUGAAAAUGCCAAACUUCUUUAUGUUCGUUUGGUUGAUGUGUGGCUGUUUUUAUGGUCAUACGUUCUCUAUGUCUUCAAAGUCGUGAGUGACUAUGUUUCUGGUGAAAACAUGUGAAGAGAGAAUAUAUUUUGGAUGUCUUCACAGCCAGAUGAUGCCGUACCUACCUUUUCAGGGUUCAACAAAGGUGUCAAAAUCCUCAAUUCGUUCAAAAAAUGAAAUAUUCGAUAAGUGAAUAAAUUAUAUGCAGUAAA